AUGGGGGCCGUGGAACAAGAGCGCGCCAGUCAAGGCUUCUUUGGAACCUCAAGUGCAGCUGGAUUCAUGCGUCAGAUCAGGACAGCAGUCGACAAAAGGGUGGAUGCACCUUACCGACAGUCUUCAACUCCUCGUGCACCUGUGAACUCAACACUACUGCCUCCCCGAAGGGAUGCUCCCCAACAGCCAGUCGCCAAUUACGUGCUGCCACCCCGCAAGAUGGCGGACAGCCUUAUGGAUGUGUAUUGGGAUUACGUUUUCCCACUUUACCCAUUCCUCAUAUCUGCGCAGAUGAAAAGCGAGUACGCAAAAAUCUGGGCAGGCGAUACUCUAGAUUCGGAUGAGAACAUGCUCAUGUGCACGCUGAAUGUAAUGUUCGCUUUGGCAAGUCAGCUAGCUGACUUUGUUCCGCCAAGUGAGCGUGAAGCAUCCGCUGAUGCCUUUUUCUCACGAGCGAAAGGGUUGUUUCAAUUCAAUCUCUGGGAUACAGGAUCGGCGGGUCUGAUCCAAUGUCUGCUUUUAAUGGCACAGUAUCUACAGAGUACUGACUCCGCACACCAAUGCUGGAUCGUCACUGGACUGGCGAUUCGGAACGCCCAGAGUUUGGGCUUACAUCUUCCUGAAACCAUUGCUAGUUUUCAGAGCUUUGAAGAACAACAGCUAGCCCGAAAGAUAUGGCAUGGGUGUGUGUUAAUGGAUCGUGUCAUAUCCAUGACGUUCGGUCGCCCUGCCAUGAUUACCAAAACUUCCAGUGGAGUCGUGCCUCUGCCUGCCGCCGUUGACGACGAAUUUAUUCCGUCCAAUUCAAGCUUGGAGGUCUCGCAGCCUCCCAAUCGACCUUCAAUAAUGGCCUUCUUUGGCAAAACAUUGGAACUUUACGACAUAAUGAAUGACGUCCUACUCAGCCUCUAUAAUCCCUCUACAGAUCCAAGCGGAGAGGACAUCCAUGACUUCUAUUUCAAUAAUACCACCAUCGAGGGCGAACGCAGCAUAUUUGAAUUGGAUCAUUGCCUUUCCAGGUGGACCAAGAGCCUUCCAGUGCAUCUACGCGGAGAGGCAGCAAUGGCGUCAGCGAAUCCAAUAUUCUGUCGCCAAAGCAUUGUCUUGCGUGCAAGGUUUCUUCACGUACGGAUUCUUCUCUUUCGGCCGACCCUCUCAAAAUAUUGCACUCUACGUGACAACACCGCGCCUGACUCGCUUAUAUCGAUAAACGACUCUUUCCCCCACCGUGUUGCCUUGCAGUGCUCUGUAAUAUGUGUCAAAGCCGCCCAAGAAUCAAUACGACUGAUCUACAACAAUGUUCCUACCGAUGGUACGGGCGGUCCUCUGCCUGCGUGGUGGUAUAAUGUUCUAUUAGAUGUUUACACGUCUGCGACUGUGUUAAUAGCUGGACGUCUGUGUUCCGCGAUAUUGGCGGAAGUGACCGCUGAGUCUAUUACUGAAUCUUGGAAUCAAGCUUUGGAAAUUUUGCGGAAGUAUCAGAGUUAUAGCACAUCUGCCCGACGGUGUGUUGCGGCUCUCGAGAUUCUUUACGAGCAGGUGGCAUCUGAAGGUGUGCCUGUACACCACGGGGCCAGCAGCAGUCUAGAAGAAGGUGACUCUCCUGCGAUAGGUGACAUGUCCUUCGGAGAAGGCAUGAAUGCUUCUAUCCUUGACAGCUUUGAGUUCCCUGACUUUCAGGACAUGUCUUGGCUGAACAGCGUGCCCAGCAAUUUAUACUAG